UCAUCUGUGUCAACAAGCAAAGGAUACAUUAAUGAAACUAAUGUGAAGGAGGUUUAUCUACAAAUAUUACGUGGUAGAGAUGGUCGUGAUGGAGUACCAGGAAGAGAUGGAGUGAAAGGAGAGAGAGGAGAUAAGGGAGAGAAAGGAGAUAAAGGUGAAACUGGACCUGUAGGACAAUCUGGUCCUAAAGGUGGAGGAGUAGUGUACACUCGUUGGGGAAGGAAGUCCUGUCCUACUGGAACUGAACUACUGUAUGAGGGAAUAACUGGAGGUGAAUGGUAUGAUCAUCCAGGAGGAGGAGCUAACUUUGUCUGUUUACCAAAGGUCCCUCAAUAUAUGAGUACAAAUGUGCCAAUAUAUUCCUCUUUCAUGUAUGGUACUGAAUAUGAUUAUGUUAAUAAUAUAUUUUUAAGGAAGGAAGAUCACAAUGCUCCUUGCGCAGUAUGUUAUACAUCUACUAAGAGUGUUAAACUGAUGAUUCCUGCUAGAACCAGCUGUCCUUCAUCAUGGACUGUAGAAUACAAAGGAUAUCUGAUGACUCAACGACAUAAUCAUGCAAAUAAUAAAGUUUAUGAAUGUGUUGAUGAAAAUCCUGAAUCUAUUGAUGGUAGUGAAAAUAGUACUAAUGGUGCUCUAUUAUACUUCACAUUGUCAACCUGUAAUGGUCUACCUUGUCCACCUUAUGUCAAUAAUAAAGUAAUUACUUGUGUUGUGUGUACUAAGUAACAAUUAAAUACCAUGUUUUAAUAUUACUACUCAUUGUGGUAAUAAAUUAAUUUUUUUGUGUGCUGUUUUUACUAAACACAAAAUUAUAUUCGUCAUGUAGUGUUAAUAAUUAUUAAUAUUGUGUGC